AUGGAUUUCCUGAGAAGAGCUGCGCGGAAAUCGAAAUUAGACAGAGUGCGAAAUGAGGAGAUAAGAAGAACGAUGAUACGAGAAGAAACUGUUGUUGAAGCUAUUAGACAGAAACAGUUAGUAUGGUUCGGCCACGUAAACCGAAUGGAUGAGCAACGUCUGGCAAAAAUUCUUAUGGAAUGGCUACCAACAGAACGACGAAAGAGGGGGCGCCCUAGACAAACAUGGAAGCAGGGGAUAUCGAAGGCAAUGUCGGAACGUAACUUAGGACCUGGUGAUUGGAAUGAUAGAAAAGAAUGGAAGUUGGGAAUCGGAAGGCGACGACAUACGCUGUGA